CUCCGACCUCUUCGGCCUCUGUCCGCCGGACCCCAGGUUCGAGGCUUCUCAGCAGCUGAUACCUCCGCCUCGGACUGCGCUCGCCUUUGGUGUCGGCUGUUUGCUCGGUAUGCCUCUACCGCGUGGUGACGUGACUGCCUUGUUCCUGGGGCCUCCGGGCUCGGGAAAGUCCGCGUUAGUCGCAGCGCUGUGCGACAAGGAUGUGGAGACGUUGGAGCCCCUUGAGGAACGGCCGGACUCAGGGGUCCCCAGCCUGCGGGCUGCGGGUCCAGGCCUCUUUCUGGGCGAGCUGAGCUGCCCACCCGCAGCGCCGGGGCCCUGGGCGGCGGAGGCCAACGUGCUGGUACUGGUGCUGCCGGGACCCGAGGGUAACGGGGAGAGCUUGGCCCCAGCGCUGGGGGAGGCAGCACGGGCCGCCCUGGCCCGAGGGACCCCGCUGCUGGCGGUGCGAACCCUCGGCCCCAGGGAUUCACAGAAUGAAGCCCAAGCCCGGGAUCAGACAGCGACCCUGCUGGACAGCGCCGGGUUACGAGCCGUGGCUCUCUUUGUGCUCCCGGCGGACUGCAGCGGCAGCGAAGGCCACGAGGAGCUAGAGCGCCUGCGGGCAGCCCUGCAGAGCCAGGCAGAGGCGCUGCAGAGGCUCCUGCCACCAGCCCAGGAUGGCUUCGAGGUGCUGGGCGCAGCUGAGCUGGAGGCUGUGCGUGAAGCUUUCGAAACAGGUGGCCUGGAGGCGGCGCUGUCCUGGGUGCGCGCCGGCCUGGAGCGCCUGGGCAGCGCGCGUCUGGACCUGGCCGUGGCGGGUACAGCCGAUGUGGGCCUUGUGCUGGACUCGCUGCUCGGGUUGGAUCCUGGCGACUCUGGUGCCGCCCCUGCUUCAGCACCCGCGGAGCCCACGCCCUACCCGGCACCUGAGCGUCCUAAUGUCGUUUUCUGGACCGUGCCUCUGGGCCACGCAGGCACUGCCGCCGCCCCCCAUCCAACCCACUACGAUGCGGUCAUCCUCGUCACGUCUGGGGCUCCCACUGAGAAAGACUGGGCCCAGGUCCGGGCCUUGGUGCCUCCAGAUGCGCCCGUGGUCUGCGUGCGAACAGACGGCGAGGGUGAGGAACCAAAGUCUCUGGAAGAAGAGGAAAUGGUGGAAAAGCCCAGCGGCGAGAGUUUAGAGAACGCAGACAGUGAGGGAAGAGAGAAAUGUGGCACUGGGUCGCAGAAAGCAGGCAGUGGGGAAGGAUCAGAGAAAGCAGGCAACAACGGUUUUCAGCAGGUGGCCGGCGCGAAGAAGUCGGGGAGCGGGGAUUCGGAACGUGUGGUCGCGUUGAGCCCAGAGGACGAGACGUGGGAGGUGCUGGAGGAACCGCCGCCGCCCGUGUUCCCGCUGCGCCCAGGCGGACUCCCCGGGCUCUGCGAGUGGCUGCGGCGCGCGCUACCCCCAGGCCAGGCCGGGGCGCUGCUGCUGGCACUACCACCCAUGUCUCCCAGUGCGGCCAUAACCAAGGCUGCGGCACUGCGAGCUGGGGCAUGGCGGCCGGCUCUGCUGGCUAGCCUGGCGGCGGCGGCGGCACCCAUACCAGGGCUAGGCUGGGCGUGCGACGUGGCACUUCUGCGGGGCCAGCUGUCGGAGUGGCGGCGAGCACUGGGGCUCGAACCGGCGGCAUUGGCGCGACGUGAGCGCGCGCUGGGCCUGGCUCCAGGGGAGCUGGGAGCGCGUGCUCACUUCCCUGGCCCAGUGACUCGCGCCGAGGUGGAGGCGAGGCUGGGCGCAUGGGCGGGCGAGGGCACAGCCGGGGGCGCGGCUCUGGGCGCGCUUUCCUUCCUGUGGCCCGCGGGCGGCGCAGCGGCAACUGGCGGCCUAGGCUACCGCGCGGCUCAUGGCGUUCUACUGCAGGCACUUGAUGAGAUGCAGGCUGACGCGCAGGCGGUGCUGGCACUCCCUGCGCCCACCCAGUAAGGAGUAUCGGAUAGGGACCUGGGAUCCUGGGAUGCCCAGCAUCCAGGCUGCUGGCUCCGCGGAGAUUGAGGAUCCUGAGUCCUGGUUAGAGAAGAGGGCACUUGGAGGUCCAAACUCCGGGAUAGGGUGUCUGGAUCUCCGAGAUACCAGAGCAGUGAUAGCCACCCAGAACCCUGGGUGCUUGGAGAGGAUGUUAUUCAGACUUGAUUGGGAUGUGGUAUUUAAAGUUAUCAAGUUUCUGGAUCCUGACAGGGAAGUAGAGUCUGGGGGACAGGACUCCUGAAUUCCCUGGGGAUGAUGGAGCAUAACACCCAGACUCCUGUGUCCUGAAGGGAGCUGGGGGCCCGACCCCUAGAAGGGGGUAGGUCUUGGUCUCCAAAGGAGGAGAAAGUGGAGCUAUUGGAGAGCUAGUCCUCAAGGGGGAAAGGGAGUGAAGGCGCUGAUUGGGAGGGGAUGGUCCAUGACAAGACCUGGACUCCAGUGUGGGGGGAGGGGACCCGGGUACCCCAGGGAGCUAAAACCCUUGGAACCCCCAGAGGAAUACAGGGUCUGGGUUUCCUGGGGAGAAAAGGCCUGCAUACAGCCUCCCAGGUUCUCAAGGGGUCAGUGGGCUUUCAGUCUUCACUGGCAGUGGGGAGGGGGACACACAGGCCUCAGAUUCCUGGCUCCCAAGAAGACUGUGGACCUUGGUUCCUAAUUCUUGGGUGGUGGGAGGUCUAGGUCUGGAGGGAGGGAAAAAGAGACCCAUGAGAGAGAGCUGGAAACCCCUCAGUCCCACUUGGGGAAUAGAGGGAUGUAUAAUAUUUCCUCCUUCACGGGUCUAUGCCUUUCCCAGCUUUUAGCGGGAGGAUGAGUUCACAAAAAUGGAGGGAGGGGGCAAGAAGUCUGAGCAUGGUGGACCCUGGGAUAGCCAGGGACCAGGAAUGAGGCCUGGGUGUGGAAUGACAGAAACGCAUGACCUCAGAGCUAUCCCAAAAAUCUCUCAUGGAUUUGGAUCUUGGUGGCUGCCCCUCUUUCUGUGAGUUUGACUGGGAGAGGAUUCGAGUGCCUCCAUUUUACAGGUGCUGACCCUGGGUGAUUCGGGGGAUCUCUGGGGAGUCUGUUCCUCUCUCUCUCUUUUUUGGGGGUUCCUGUCUCUUUUGGAUCUUGAUUUCUUCUGUCAUUAAACCCCAGCCCUUUCUGGCCUUGGUGUUUUGUACACCUGCCUUUUUGGAAAAGCAGCUACACUGCUGCACUAGUCCAAAUGUUUCUCUGUGGCUACCUCACGUGUGUACACACAGAGAGCUACAGUGAACAAGGGCCCAUUGAACGACUGGGUAGUCAUCCCAGACUGUGAGAAUGUGCCAUGAGUGAGGCAAAGGGAGAAACCACAGUGCCUAGAAUGUUUCAGGCUGCUAGCUAUGUGUACAGGAGAAGGUGCAAGUCACAGAAUUUUUAUAUAUCAAAAACAGGAAGGUAGUAUUGGAGAGACCAUCUCUUUUGUGAUAGAUGGGGAGAGCAGAGCCCAAAGAGGGGAGGCUCUAGGCCCAACAUCACACAACAAGGCCCUUUGAGGUCUGGCCCCUGUCUGUCCUCAUUCCUUGACUACCCCAUCCCCAACCAGCAUGAUAGGUCUUCCUUCUGAUGGUUGAGUGGGCCACCUUGGGCCAUGCCUCAGGACCUUUGCACUUGCUGUCCUCUCUGCUUGUAAUGCCCUGACCUUAGAUCUUCCUGUGACUGACUCCUUGUCAGUCAUAUUUCUGCUCAAAUUUCCCCUGAGAGCGGCCUUUCCUGACUACCCUGACUGAAGUAUCUCACCCACCCAAUUGCCGUCAAGUCAGCUCCAACUCAUGGGAACCCCAUAUGUGUCCAAAUAGAACUGUGCUCCAUAGGGUUUUCAGUGACUCAUUCUUUAGAAGUAGAUCACUAGGCUUUUCUUCCAAGGUGCCUCUGUGUGGACUUGGACGUCCAGCCUUUCAGUAAGCAGCUGAGUGUGUUAACUGUACCACCCAGGGACUCCUGAGGUACCCCCAUUAUUCAUCUCAUCUGGUUGAUUUUCCUUGUAGCAAUUACUGCUAUCAGAAAUGAUCUUAUUUAUUUAUUUACCAAUUUAUCGGCUAUUGUCCCCUUGCCUGUCUUGUUCUCUACUGUAUCCCCAGCACCUAGACCAGUGCCUGGCACACUGUGGGUGCUUGGUAAACAUUUAUUAUUUUAAUUCAUUAGUCAGCGGCAGAACUAGGGCUAGAAUUCAGAUUGUCGGCCUGUUCCUGUAAGACAGGGAAAAGGAGCAAGAUGGAGAGAAACAAGCAUUUAAUGGGAAAGGAAGUCUGGAGGUCAGGGCACCUGGGAAGCAAGCACAGCUUUGCCACUGUUGCUCUGUGCGAUUUGGACCAGGGCCUUAUUUUCCCAUCUGUAAAACGACAGGGCCGGACAAGAGCACGAGAUCUUGUUUCCCUGGACAGCUGAAGACAAGGGUAACUGAUGACAAGAAGACUUAAGCGAUGGUACCUCCCAUCUCCAGCUUGAACUCCCACCGCUGGCACAAUCUGUCCCAUCCGGUUGAGAUGACCAAGAGGUGGUCUCUCACGUAGAAUUGAUUUGCUGGUCUAGUAAUGCUCUUAGGAGCUGUUGUUAGCUGCUGUCCAGUCAACUCUGACUCAUGGCGACCCUUUAGGUUAGCCACCGGUUGGCAUCAAAUGAAAACCAUUUACCCCACCUAGAGGCCUUUUUCUUAGAAGCUCAUGAUGUGGGAAGGAGCCCUGGUGGCACAGCGGCUUAGAGCUUGGCUGCUAACCAAAAGAUCAGCAGUUCGAAUCCACCAGCCACUCCUUGGGAACCCUUUGGAGCAGUUCUACUCAGUCCUAUAGGGUCGCUAUGAAUCGGAAUCGACUUGAUGGCAACAGGUUUGUUUGGUUUUAAUGAGGUGGGAAAGGGGCCCUGUUGGCACAGUGGGUAAGCACUCAGCUGCUCAGCUGUUAACCAAGAGGUUGGCGGUUCAAAAUCACCCAGCAGUUCCCACAGGAGAAAGGCUUGGCAAUCUAUUUCCAUAAAGACUGCAGCCAAGAAAACUCUAUAGGGCAGUUGUAUUCCGCACACAGGGGGUCGCCUUGAGUCAGAAUAAACUGGAAAGACCAAAAACAAUGAGGCUUGGAAGAGACAUUUAGCUCUACUUUGAAUGGCUCCAGGCAUUGUCCUCCAAGCUCUGUCAGCCCUGAGGAAAUGCUGUUCAUCUCUCCCUGUAAUAUCCAGUACUACUUUAUCUAAUAGUCCCCUCAGUCUGCCCUUCAAGCCCCUCAAUCCAGCUUGUCAGCCACAUGAAAGAGCACGAGAGCCACAGAGUGGUGCUGUCCAAUGGAAGUAGAAUGCGAGCCUCCUUUGCCAUUUAAAAGUUUCCAAUCGCCAUAUUAAAAAUGUAUAAACAGGUUUUUUACAUUUUUUUCAUGCUAAGUCUUUGAAAUCUGGUGUGUGUUUUACGCUUACAGCACAUCUCAAUUCAGAUGGUACAUUUUCACUGGAAAAUGAGUAAUCUGUAUUUAGGUUUCAUAAAAUUCCUAGUUGGAGUAGAUUCCCAUACCCAAGUUGCCCCAGUUAUGUUUAAUAGUUUUCCUAUAACUGAAAUGAGUAUCGGCUUUUCAAUUAACCAACCAGUUGCUGUCAAGUCGAUUCUGACUCAUGGCAACACCUCGUGUUCGGAAUAGAACUGAGCCCACAGGGUUUUCAGUGGCUGACCUUUCAGAAGUAGAUCUGCAGACCUUUCUUCCAAGGCACCUCUGGGUGGAUUCAAACCACCAGCCUUUUCACUUGUAGCUGAGUGCUUAAUUGUUUACACCACCCAGGGACUUCUUUAAUUAAGAGUAAAUAAAAUCCAGUCUCAGCCUCAUUAGCUCCACUUCAAGUGCUCAGUAGCUACAUGUGGUCAGUGGCUACCAUAUUGGACAGCACAAAUAUAGAGCAUGUCCAUUAUCACAGAAGAUUCUAGGUAGUGCAGCUCUAGAGUCAGUCUUUCUACUGACUCUGGGGGUGACCUUGGUCAAAUCCCAUCUACCUCAUAGGGCUAUUGUGAGAAUUCAGUGAUACACACACCCACACAUUGAUGUACUGCAGCACCUCCUGAGAAACCUGACACACCCUGGGAACUCAAAUGUUAGUCCCAUUGCCCCUGCCCACACACCCUUACCCUGGGCAGCACCAAGACAACUCUAGUCUGGGCACUUCCUGUCUCACCACCAUGCCUUUGCUCACAGAGGGUCCUCCCGUAUUUCUGCUUCUUUGAGACUGCCUCCUGGCCGUGGCAUCCCUGGCUCUGUUUCCCUGCUGUAAAUUCCCUCUGCCCUCAUGCCAGAGGGAAUCGUGCCAGAGGUCACAUCUGAGAAAGUAAGGCCCGAUUGAGUGUGUCUGUGUGUUGGGGAAGGGUGGUUGUGUUUACGCAUCUGUAUAUUGGCAUUCUUGGGUGUUUUGGCUACUGUUUGUGGUAGUUGCCUUUUAAACCAUAACUUUUGAUGGGAUUGCAUUUUAGGCUCUCUGGAGGCAUUAGGUUGCUAAUGAGCUUACCAGGAGAAAAGACUAAGAUUGCCUUUGGGAGGAUCCAUAGUGUCUGUGUGGCACCUCCAGACUGGAAGACCCUCCAAAGCAGGAAUGCCAGGAAACACAGGAUGAAUCUUGGCAUUGGCACCCCCUGAAUUGGCACAGGCACCACGAAACUGGUGAGUGGAAGAGACAACCUAUCACCUCAGCUGACUUACAUAUACUUCUGAAUCACGAUGGAUCAUCAUGGGGUAGGGAACCAAGAAGGGCAAAUCAGGGGUGCAGUUGGUAUGUGGUGCUUUUUGGAGGAAUGAAUAAAAACGAGUAGAAAUCCUG